AUGAACAGAGAUAAGAAUAAUGUCGUCGAGAGUCUGUUAACGGAGGAGGAGGAACGAGUGGCAAUACCCACGUCCGUGGUCAUCAACGAAGAGAGAGGAGGUAGACAAGAGCAAUUGAGCGAUAAUCAAGACCGUGGAGAUGUCACGAUUCGCAGAGGAGCACUUCGAGUUAGAGUGAACUCAGGAAGUGUCAUGGGUGACCGACGUGGACAAUCGCCAACUGAAACAGGAGGACGAAGACCGGGAAGAGCUCCAAGAGCUAGAGGAAGAGGGCAAAAUUUGAGACGAGGUCAUAGCAGCCGUGUUCAAACAUCGAGGGCGGAAGCAGUAACAAUCAUCUCGAUCUGGAAGGCCUAA